ACAAUCAUGAACGAGGUUGGGAGACGUAAUUUUGGCUCUGGAAAGGGUAGAGGCCCUCUGAGCCUUCAUGAGGUCAUGGGAUAUCGCGCCAAGCUUCUGGAAUGGAUGCAGUCUCUGCCGGCUUCUCUGUCACCUGGCCAAAUUGCCCUUCCAAGGCAUUUGAAGCUCCACAUGCACGUUUAUAAUCUCAUGAUGAAUCUGUUUGAGCCCUCAGUAGGCUCUGACUAUGGAAGAAACAUACUGUCACCCUCCCCCGAGGAGAUUGUGAUUUCAUCAAGGGCGUGCAUGGAGUCCGUCGUACGUCUGUAUUACACACGGCACAGCUUUGAGCACUUGGACACCAUCAUGGUCACGUACCUCCUCUUUGUCGGUUUCAACGCGCUCAAGAUGCUCGGCAUGGCUAACCCUCAAGAUCACGACGCUGCUUUGUCAACUGCAGUGCUGUGUGCCAAAGGACUUUGUGAUCAGAGCCGCUUCUAUUACAUCGCCGAGGCCAUCUUCAUGGUGUUACGCGAUAGCAUGGAUCCAAACGCCGCUCACCUGCUGAAGGACUUUGCGCAUACCGAAGAUGAAGAGGAGAGGAAGUAG